AUAGGGAGCCUCAGGUGGCUGCUCACUCAGACUCCCUUCCCUAGCUGUGAUAGCACCAAGCCUUUCGGACACCUAGACCAUGGACCCUGGAGAUUGCACCUGCAUGUCUGGAGGAAUUUGCAUCUGUGGAGACAACUGCAAAUGCACAACUUGCAACUGUAAAACGUGUCGAAAAAGCUGCUGCUCCUGCUGCCCCCCAGGCUGUGCCAAGUGUGCCAGGGGCUGCAUCUGCAAAGGGGGUGCAGACAAGUGCAGCUGCUGCGCCUGAAACCCAUCGUCAUACUGGGCGAGAGGCCAGGGGAGAAGGUGGAAUGAUUGUACAAUAGCUUGUGCUUUUUAUAUAUUUGUCCAAAUGUGGUGUUGGUGACAUUCAUGUAAAGUGUUUGGAGCAAUAAAG